CAGCCCAAGAUUCCCAGCCCUUUUUUUUUUUUUUUUAUAUUCCUCCUUUUCAUUCCUGUCUUUCUCCGCCAGUGACGCCUGAACUUGGUCUGGAAGCACAUUUUAGCUCUAAUUUUUUCCCCUCUGGGAAUUGGGGGAAAAAAAGCCUGUAUAAUGCUUCUUAUAUGUGCUCCUCUCGCAUAGCCAUCAGGCAGGACUGCAGUUUUGCUUUGGAUUUAGCUCCUGUAGAAAUGCAGUAAAUCUAUUUAUUUUUUGCCGAUCCAGAAAGCUAGAUGACCGAAGAAUGUGUUUUUCUCCCUAUUUAAGUCUGCAUUGUAACUUCUGGUUGUACUGAUGCAGUAUUACAGGAUUUGACAAAGUGAAAGUUUUACCUGGGAACUGGGCUGCUGGCUGCAGCGCUUCCAAGCUUUUUCUCUUUUUUUUUUCUUCUCCUUGCCGUUUGGAGUCCCCGACAGUAACCAUGAAGUACAGAGCAGCGGUAAGCUUCUUGCUGGGUUCAGGCUCCAGCAAUCGACGGGAUCCGAAUAACCAUGGAGAGUGCCUUAACAGCCCGAGAUCGGGUUGGUGUCCAGGACUUUGUCCUGCUGGAAAACUACACCAGUGAAGCUGCAUUUAUAGAAAACCUGAGGAAGCGAUUUAAAGAAAAUCUCAUAUAUACAUACAUUGGGUCAGUCUUGGUAUCUGUCAAUCCUUACAAAGAUUUAGAGAUUUACAGCAAGCAACACAUGGAGAGAUAUCGUGGAGUUAGUUUCUAUGAAGUGUCUCCUCAUAUAUAUGCCAUAGCAGAUAACUCCUACCGCUCCUUGCGCACAGAGAGGAAAGACCAGUGUAUUCUUAUAUCUGGUGAGAGUGGGGCUGGGAAGACUGAGGCCAGCAAGAAAAUCCUACAGUACUAUGCUGUGACGUGUCCCGUCAGUGACCAGGUGGAGACCGUGAAAGAUCGACUUCUGCAGUCCAAUCCUGUUUUGGAGGCAUUUGGCAAUGCAAAAACCUUACGAAAUGAUAAUUCCAGCCGCUUUGGAAAAUAUAUGGAUGUGCAAUUUGAUUACAAGGGAGCUCCUGUUGGUGGACAUAUUUUAAACUAUCUCUUGGAAAAGUCCCGUGUGGUACACCAGAACCAUGGAGAGAGAAACUUCCAUAUUUUUUACCAGCUUCUUGAAGGUGGAGAAGAGGAUUUGCUACGGAGGCUGGGGCUCGAUAAAAAUGCCCAAAAUUACCAGUACUUGAUUAAGGGUCAGUGUGCCAGGGUUAGCUCAAUCAACGAUAAAAAUGACUGGAAGGUUGUUAGGCGAGCCUUGUCAAUUAUAAACUUCAAUGAUGAUGAUAUAGAGGAAUUGCUGAGCGUUGUUGCUAGUGUACUACAUUUGGGAAAUGUGCAGUUUGCCACAGAUGAGCAUGGACAUGCCCAAGUCACAACAGAAAACCAGAUUAAAUACCUCGCCAGGCUCCUCUCUGUAGACACUACUGUACUACGAGAGUCUCUCAUUCACAAAAAGAUCAUUGCUAAAGGAGAAGAGCUGAACAGUCCACUUAACCUGGAGCAAGCUGCUUACGCUCGAGAUGCCUUGGCCAAAGCAAUCUAUGGCCGUACCUUCUCCUGGCUUGUUAGCAAGAUUAACAAAUCUCUGGCAUACAAGGGUACAGAUAUGCACAAGCUUGGGAGCGCAUCGGUCAUAGGACUUUUGGACAUAUAUGGUUUUGAAGUUUUUCAACAUAACAGCUUUGAACAAUUUUGCAUUAAUUUUUGCAAUGAAAAACUGCAGCAGUUAUUUAUAGAGCUGACGUUGAAGUCUGAGCAGGAUGAAUAUGAAUCUGAAGGGAUUGCUUGGGAGCCAGUCCAGUAUUUUAAUAACAAAAUUAUCUGUGAUCUGGUCGAGGAGAAAUUCAAAGGCAUCAUUUCCAUUCUGGAUGAAGAAUGUUUACGUCCAGGCGAAGCCACAGAUAUGACAUUCCUGGAGAAGUUGGAGGACACUGUGAAAAAUCACCCACACUUUGUGACGCACAAACUUGGAGACCAGAAAACCCGAAAAGUGCUUGGAAGAGAUGAAUUCCGUUUGCUGCAUUAUGCUGGGGAAGUGAACUACAGUGUAGUAGGGUUCCUUGAUAAAAACAAUGAUCUGCUGUUUCGCAAUCUGAAGGAGGUAAUGUGCGACUCUGGAAACCCGAUUGCUCAUCAGUGCUUUAAUAGGUCUGAACUGACGGACAAGAAAAGGCCAGAGACGGCAGCAACACAGUUUAAAACUAGCCUCUCAAAGCUGAUGGAAAUUCUUAUGUCCAAGGAGCCUUCCUACGUACGAUGCAUAAAGCCAAAUGAUGCCAAACAACCAGCUCGUUUUGAUGAAGUGCUGAUCAGACACCAGGUGAAAUAUCUGGGACUUAUUGAAAAUGUACGCGUACGCCGAGCUGGAUUUGCAUAUAGGCGAAAAUAUGAUAUCUUCUUACAAAGGUACAAAUCUCUUUGCCCUGAUACUUGGCCUAACUGGGAUGGUCGUGCAAUGGAUGGUGUGGCUGUUUUGGUCAAGAGUCUAGGGUAUAAACCAGAAGAGUACAAAAUGGGCAGGACAAAGAUAUUCAUUCGGUUUCCCAAAACCCUCUUUGCAACAGAGGAUGCUUUAGAAGUGAGGAAGCACAGCAUAGCAACAUUCCUCCAGGCUAGAUGGAAAGGAUAUCAUCAACGACAGAAAUUCCUGCACAUGAAACAUUCCGCUGUAGAGAUCCAGUCGUGGUGGCGUGGAACAAUAGGCAGACGAAAAGCUGCAAAAAGGAAGUGGGCUGUGGAUGUCGUUCGGCGUUUUAUCAAAGGCUUCAUUUACCGCAAUCAACCCCGAUGCACUGAGAAUGAGUAUUUCCUGGAUUACAUCCGCUACUCGUUCCUUAUGAACCUCCACCGGAAUCAGCCAAAGAGUGUGCUGGACAAGUCCUGGCCUGUGCCACCUCCAUCGCUCAGAGAGGCCUCUGAGCUCCUGAGGGAAAUGUGCAUGAACAACAUGGUGUGGAAGUAUUGCCGCAGAAUUAACCCUGAAUGGAAGCAACAGUUGGAACAGAAAGUUGUUGCCAGUGAAAUAUUCAAGGACAAAAAAGACAAUUAUCCACAGAGUGUUCCGCGGCUUUUUAUAAACACACGACUUGGAAGUGAUGAGAUCAACACUAAAAUUCUUCAGCAAUUGGAAAGCCAGACAUUAACGUAUGCAGUGCCUGUAGUGAAGUAUGACAGAAAGGGAUACAAGCCCCGGAGAAGACAACUUCUACUCACUCAAAAUGCUGCCUAUCUUGUUGAGGAAGCCAAAAUGAAGCAGAGGAUUGACUAUGCUAACCUGACAGGAAUUUCGGUCAGCAGUCUAAGUGACAACCUGUUUGUUCUCCAUGUUAAAUGUGAAGACAACAAACAAAAGGGAGAUGCAAUUCUGCAGAGCGAUCAUGUGAUUGAAACACUGACAAAAGUUGCCAUAACUGCUGAGAAAAUCAAUAAUAUCAACAUUAAUCAGGGCAGCAUCAAGUUUACAGUUGGUCCAGGUAAAGAAGGAAUCAUUGACUUUACUGCGGGCUCUGAGUUACUAAUAGCCAAAGCAAAAAAUGGACACUUGUCUGUGGUUGCUCCUCGUCUGAAUUCACGAUGAUGACCACUGCAGUCUGUUAGGAAUCUGAUAUACAACCAAACUGACAGCUUCACAUACAUCCAUUUCUUCCACUUGUUGGACAAUACCUCCUUUUAAUACUUCUUGACUCUGCUUUUAUAUUUUAUAGUUACCAAAGACCUGCGCUGCUUAUGAGAAAGAGGAAAGAAAUUAUUUUAUAUAUUUGUGAAAUUCAGAUAUUUUUAUUUUUAACUUGCUUUUGCACAGGCUCCCCCACUAGUGACUUUCUGUAUUGCACAUUUCAUUGGCACAUGGCAUAGAGAGGUUGCCUGGCAGAUAUGGUGGCUAAGGUAGCUUGCCUUUGUACACAAGCAAAAUGAGAGUGGCCUACUAGGAAUCUUUACUCUAUUUUGCUGUUUCUGCCAUAGAGGCCUUUACCACUUUGCUGACCUUAGAGGAUAAUGAAGGGUAUAAAUCAGAUUUCAGAUGUACAUGGUCUGCACUAGAAAACAAACGCAUCUAUUUAUGCAAUCUUAUUUCUAGGAUUAGAAGGGAGGUUUAUCUUUAUUUUUUCUCUUCUAAAAGAUGUUGUGCAAAUAUAUGCCUUACCUUGUCUUUGUACAAUUUUCAAAAAGCCAUAUGUACAUGAGUUGAUAGAGGAUUUUGUAGUACUUUAUAGAAGUUAACGAGCAAUUGGGGUUUAUUUAUGCAGGAGAUAUUACAUUUCUCUAUAGAAGGGGGGGACUUUCCCACAAUGACUAGUCAGAUGUGAUUUUAUUCAAGGUAUCUGGUCUCCAUGGACAAACAGUGGAGAACCCAUUUUUAUCCACUGGUCCGUGUGAAGCAAUAUUCACUUUGCACUACAGACCUCCUGUAUGAAGGUUUCUGAUGGAAGAACUGGUGUUGCUCUUAGCAGCCAGUUAGAUUCUACUUUUCAUGUACUAGAUACGUAAGAGGAUGAUCUGACUGGCUGAUAUUAGUAGAACAGUUCUCAUUGGAUGGUGCAAGGCCAUUAUCUGACAUUGAAAAAACUCAUAUUUGUGUAAGAAAUUCUUAGAUGUGCAAUAUAUAAAUAUAUUGUGUAGAGCACCUUAACUAACAUUUUGUUACAAUUAAAAAAGAACCCUAACCUGCUCUCACGUUUCAUUUUCUUACUCACCAGCUAUCUGUUUAUUCCACCAGCAAUCACUACAUUAAGUUGCAGAUGUUUAGCUUCCCCUUUAUAUAUCAUUAGAUUCUCCUAUUGGGCAGAAUAAACGGUUUGUUACUGACUGACA